AUGUAUAAGUUAUUACAAAUCGCAAAACAGCUCAAGUUGUUGGCUGGUCUAAGCGCGACUAGUGAGGCGUCUGCUCUACGACCACUGGAGAUAGUUGCACCUCGCAUCAAUACCUAUCGCUUCUCCCUGGCUAACCUGGAGGACACGCAGGACGCCGACUUGGACGCCAUUCUGGGGGAACUUUGCGCCCUCGACACAGAGUACGACGACGAACUGACCAGGAUGUCCACAGAAUACACAUCGAUGCCGAAAGAGAGGGUGGAAGGUGAAGGGGUCGAGAGUGAGAGGGGGGCGAGGGCUGAGGGCGGCAAGGAGGGCGCAGAGGGAGCGGGCGAACCAAGGGCGGUCGCCAGGACUGACUCGCCCGACAAUGAUUCCGCAUUUAGUGACACCGUAUCAAUGUUGUCCAGUGAAUCUUCAGCUUCAAGCAGUAAUAGCGCCAAAUGUAAAGCCUUGAAGUUAAACCAUCACCACAACCAGAAGAAGGCGGACAAGAUUAUGCUUGCAUUAGAGCGCAUGCGCGAAGCCAGUGUUAAGAAGCUCUUCAUCAAAGCUUUCUCCAGCGAUGGUUCCUCAAAGAGUUUGUUAGUAGAUGAGAAGAUGAACUGCGGCUGUGUCACCCGCCUCCUUGCAGACAAGAACCAUGUCACCAUGGAACCAAAGUGGGCCAUAGUUGAACAACUGCCCGAUCUUCAUAUGGAGCGUGUGUACGAAGAUCACGAGAUGCUUGUAGACAACCUUAUGCUCUGGACGCGAGAGUCGAAGAAUAAGAUUCUAUUUGCUGAGAGACCGGAGAAGAUAUCCCUAUUCCAGACUCCCGAGAAGUUUCUACUGAGUGAAGAUGACAAAGGUCGUUCCGUGGAACAUGAUGAUCACUCAAGGCAGGUGAUACUGGAAGAGUUCUUUGGGCAGAGUGGUGGGACAUCCACAACCUCGGUCUCAGGCAACCCUGUGCCCCAAAUGGAGGAGAUGCUCUAUCUCAAUAGUGACACUAAGAAAGAAUGGAAGAAGUAUCGAUUCGUUCUACGACCAUCUGGUUUAUACUAUUCACCGAAGGACAAAGUGAAGACAUUAAAGGAAUUAGUUUGCUUAGCAACAUUUGAUACCAACGAGGUGUAUGUUGGAUUGAAUUGGAGGAAGAAAUACAAGGCACCGACUGAACAUUGCUUCGCCAUCAAGCAUCCUCGACUGCAGCAACCUAAGAGUGUCAAAUUUAUAUAAUUCCUCUGCGCUGAUGAUGCGGGUACAUUGGAGCGAUGGCUGACCGCCAUGCGUAUAGCUAAGCAUGGCCGACAACUGCUGGAGAAUUAUCGCGCGCUGGUAGAAGAAUUGACCCAAGAUGAUCUAGACCAUUUGGCACAUGCGCGAUCUUGCUCUAUAUCCUCAAUCCCGACGAAAAGCGGUGUAAGCAGUACUGCGCAGUCGAGCGCCUCAAGCAAUGCUAGUGUUGCUAACUCUGACAUCAGCAGUGGACGGCAGUCGAGGGCGUCGUCGUCCAGCUCCAGCGGUUGUCUAUCAGAUGGGGGCACCGCUUCAGAGACUGCUUUCGAUUGCGAGUUCCCCAUGGGUACGAUAAAACGCAAGCCCUCGAUGAAGCCCAACAUCCCGCUGACGUGGAUGACGCGGCAGCUGAAGGAGAUGGCGGAGACGGGUGCGGCACCCGGGGAGGAAGGGCGCGGCGAUGGCGGUACGCUCACACGCCGCUCGCGCCCUCGUCCCCGCGAUGACGCCACGCUUAAGCGACACCACACCGAGUCAAGCGAGAGUGCGGUAUACGGCACAACUGUCUUACGUCCGCCAGUACCCGCUGCCGCGCCCCUGCGCCCACCCUCUCCCACUUACGGUCACUACGAGACUAUCCCCAGGGAUAUGUAUCGCUCUAGUGCAGACACCUCGUCCUCGCUCUACGGCUACGCUCCGAUAUACGAUAAAGUUAUAAGACCUCCGAUGACGAAUGUGGACGACCUCCCCCCACCGCCGCCGGAAGAUGUGCCGGAUGGGAUGUUUAGCUCGACCCUCAGUCUCGACUCCCUGCCGCCGCCGCCCCCUCCGCUCGAUCCUAUCGAAGAUAUUUGCGGAUCCCAGCUAAGUCUGCCGCCGCCGCCACCGGAACACGCGAUGGAAGCGAACAUCGGCAGAGUCCACGACAUCGUAAGCCAGCUCACAGCGCAGCAAAUUGAACAGGCGGCGAGAGCCGGCCAGUCUCGCCUGUCCAGGAACCCCGACCAAACCAGAUCUUUUCCACGUCAACCCUCUCUCGAUAGUGUACAUUCGGAAGCUUCGAAAACAUCGUCCUUGCAUUCGGAUAAGAGCAUAUACGGCCAGACUGCCGCCUAUGGCGCCUGCCUCGUAGAGCUGCAGUCAAAGAAGCUCAGCAGCCCUUCCAUACAGAAGAAACUCGGCGAGCCUGGCAAGGAGCGCACUGGCUCCGUGAAGAAAGUUAACUUCGCCGAUGAUCUGCCGACGUGCUCCGACGGGAAGAAAACCAAAAAGAUCUCUUUCAAUCUCAAAGAACCCUCGCCAUCUUCUCCUAGAAAGCCUCUGCCGCCGAAACGCAACGAAAGCACGCGACUCUCAUCUCCAAAGAAACUUACAGAUUCUAACAGCAAACCUCCCAAAGAGUUUCUCAAAGAUCUCCAGCGAGUGAUGAGGAAGAAGUGGCAAGUCGCACAAAAGUGUAAACUGGAACCGGCGACCACUCCCCACGAAGUUCUGGGCUUCAGAGAGUAUCCGUUAUCUGAAGACUACAAGGAGACCAGCGUCUCGAUGUGGGUACAGGAGCAUUACGGAUCCAUCGAGGAGCCCUUCUACGAGAACAUGUACGACCGGGAGGCGCUGCCGCGCGAGGAGCCGAAGCCGGUCAAGAAGCGACCUCCGCCCGCACCGCCACGCCGGAGCGACUCCACACAUCUCUCCACGCACACGAUCUCCUCGGCCCAGCCGACUGUUUCAAUUGACUAAGUGCUGAUAAGUAAGUGAUGUU